AUGAAAAAUUCAACAUGUCUUCAGCCAUCCUUAGCUACCACUGUAGCUCUGCCAGUCAUCUACUCUUUCCUAUUUCCUGCUGGACUUUUCGGAAACAUUCUUGCCGCGUGGAUCUUUUCAAAGCAAGCCCCCACAAAAAGAACACAAUACGUUUACCUGUCAAACCUUGUCACUGCAAACUUACUCAUAUGCAGCACAAUGCCUCUCCUGGCUACCUAUUUUGCAAGAGGGCACCAAUGGACUUACCAGUCUGUGGUCUGUAGAAUAGCAAAUAACUUUGGGACUCUGAUUAUGCACGUCAGCAUGUACGUUACCAUCGUUAUUUUAUGCUCAAUUGCUCUAAGUCAGUAUGCCACACUGAAGAAAAACAGCGAUGCAAAACAUUCUCCAGCAGCCAAUGAAAACUUCCACAGAUGUGUACUUAACAAGUUUCGUCAGCCAGAGUUUGCUAAAUAUUUGUGCAUUGUUAUAUGGCUUACUGUGUUCUGCAUAACAGUAGCAGCUAUAAUACGUAAUAAUAUCCUGGCAAAUGCUGUGGGAGAAUUUCACACUUGCUACAGCAUCAGUAUAGAAGCUGGUAAGUUUACCUCGAUGCUCGCAGCUUCUCUUGCCACUGCCUGUUUUUUUGUAUCCUUUAUGACAGUUUUGUUGUCAUACUACUGUCUUAACAGACAUCUGAGUAAAAUACAAAAAAAUACCUGUAUUGGCGAAAAACAUCUAAUUUAUGGCACAGUGAAAAGAAACAUUCUUGUCAUCCAAAUAAUAUUAACAGUCUGCUUUCUUCCAUAUAAUAUUUUUAGUCCAUUUUUUUAUGUACUGCUUCCAGGUAAUGACUGCAAAAAGUCAAACUAUCUAGUGGAAAUUAAAAACUUCCUUAACUGUCUUGCUGCUGCUAAGAGCAGUUUAGAUCCAGUUAUAUACCUUUUGCUAGAUAAAACAUUUAAGAGAAGCUUGUAUGGCCUGUUCACAAAAUCAAUACCAGAACACCACAAAGGUAAAGCUGAUAUUUUCACUGAAGAGACUCCUGAUAUUUGA